AUGUCGCAGGCUCAAGGCUAUAGAAUUUUCAAGGUAAAUGCACCUUGUCCUGAUCCACCAAAGAUUAGUAAUGCCAUCUUCAAAGCCUACACCUACAAGAAUGGCACCUAUUUGACCUGUAAUUGCACUAAAGGAUUUCGCAGAAAAUUACCCUUUAUGUCAUGCACAGGCAACUCUAGCCAUGUUUCCUGGGAAAACAAAUGCCAAUGCCAAAGUCCUUCCGGUAGCAGACCAGGAAAACCAAUUACACCCAAACCUGAAGAACAGGAAGAAAAAAAGAUCACAGAAAUGGCAAGUCAAACACAGUCCCAAGUAAACCUUCUAGGUCACUGCAGGGAGCCACCACCAUGGGAACAUGAAACUGCGGAGAGAGUGUAUGUUUUUGUGGUGGGGCAGACAGUUGAAUACCAGUGUAUUGAGGGAUACAAGGCCCGACAGAGAGGCCCUGUCACAAGCACCUGCAGGACUGUCUGUGGGCAGGCAAAGUGGACACCGCCCAGGCUCACCUGCACAAAUGAACUAAUUCCAGAUAAAGAAGAAGAAGAAUUAAGCCUUCCUGAGAGUGAAAUUUCCUGUCCCUCAAUAACAGCAGUUCUUAAGAAGCCUACAGAAGUGGCGACAACUGUGGAGACGUUCCUGUUUACUAGUGAGUACCAGAUUGCAAGUGGGUUACUCACAUUCUUUGUUGACCAAAUGUUCACCUGA